AUGUCUAGCAUUUCAACUGGGAUUGAUCCUGCUGCAAAAUAUCAACGGCUUAGUGUUGAAUAUGUUAAGUCGGCACUUCUCGAAGAACAAGCCAAAACGACUGAAUUACAACGUCAAAUCACUGCUGGGGAUACUAAAUUGAGAAAAACAGAAAGCGAACGUGACUCUCUUGCAUUCCGAAAUGAUCAACUUGUAAAACGAGUUGAGAGUUUACAAGAAAGUUUGGAAGCUCAACUUUCAAUUUUUGAACCGACCAAAGGGAAAAAGAAACAUAAAGAGGCAAAUUUGCGUUUAGUAGCUGAGAAUACUCGAAUGCAUCAACAUCAAACUUUUGGCGGCACUUCUACUUCUGAUCCAAAUAUUAUUAUGGAGGAGGAACUGGAGCGUAAAAUACUAGAAAAUAGUGUUCUUCACUCCAAACUUUUUGACGUUGAAAGGCGCUCUACAGAGACUACUAAUGAGUUACUUCAACGAAUCGAGUCAUUACAGAAAGAAAAUUCAUCACUCAGAAAUAUUUCAUCGUUAAAUGGCUCUACCAAUUUUGUAAAGACUGCCAACACAGACUUGCCAACAAAUUCACUUUCAAAUAUAAAGGGCAAUGCCACUAUUACUUCACCCGAUUGUGGAGGAUGUUCAAAUCUUGGAGAGCAACUUUCCAAUUCAGAAAUGGACAUUCAUUCCCGUUCUCGUUCAAGUGAUGGAAAGCCAUCUGAUUCUGCUGUUUCGGUUGACUCAACAGAUCAAACUGACGUAGAAAAUGAAGAAAUUGUGGCAAAGAGACGAUUGUUGGAAGAAUAUUAUACUGAACGAAUCUCUACUUUAACAAAAUCUUUGCAACAUGCCACUGGACGAGCGACAUAUUACAAACAAGAGUGUGAGGAGCUUGUUAGAAAAGAUCUUUCUGAUGCUGGACAAAUUGAAGACCUGCAAAACAAAGUUCGUGAUCUUGAGGACAAAUGCACAUUGCUGCAUGAAACACUUGAGACAACGCAACAAAACUAUGGUGAGCAAAUGAAACAACUCCAUGAAUAUAUGGCUGAACAGGACGAUAAAAUGAAUUCAUCUACACAAGAUGAUCAACAUCUUUAUCAAGCAGUAACUAGAAAUGGAGUUGGAUCAAAGAAACGUGAAAAAAGACCAAUGAGUUGGUUCUCUUCUUCUUAA